AGCUCCAAGAGGUCAGUAUGACUCCUUGGGAGGGAGGGUAAGGGUGACACUACAGCAAUCACUUGGGGACAGUGCAAGGAUUAUGCUGCCUUCAGCCCUCACUGACUUUUGGUAAAAGAUCCUGGCUCAGCCUCCACAGUCCCAGCCUGGGGAUGAGCCUCAGGUGUGUGUGAGCAUCCUCCUCCCCAAGUGGCUAACAGAGCACUCAGGGAACAGAGCAAGAGGCACUGCAGCCUUCGAGAUAACAGAAUAAAAUGUGUAAGAUGGAGUUUUGUUAGAGGCAAACCCCCACACCUCAACAAAUGCAUGUUUGGAUCUGGUGACUCCAAGCCCUGGCACUGGAACUCUGGAAAUGCUGUUGCCAAAAGCCCCCAGGAGAAGGGGAGUGUUUGGCUGCUCCGAGCUCCACGGCGCUGUCGGAUCAUAACCGGUGCUGACCACACCUAGAGCUCAGUCCUCGUGUGGGCUGCACACGCACACUCUGCUCCUGCUCCCGGAUCACGGCAGGAUCAGCCUGCGGCACAACCCCCCUGGAAAAGGGACAGCUGCACAACAAAACUAGGGAGAAACACCAACUUGCUGAAGUAGAGCCUGUCAUCUGCCUGGGCCGGAGAGGAGCCAGCCCCAGGGAGCCGGGAGAGCCAUGCCGGACUCCUUCACCAUCCACUUCCUCAAGGUGCUGCGGGAGCUGCUGGCCUUCGUGCUGUUCAGCUACACAGUGCUGCUCGGGGCGCUGCUGCUGGCCGGCUGGACCACCUACUUCUUGGUGCUAAAAUGAGGGCUCUGCCCCUGUUCCUGCUCCCAUGGGCUUUCCAGAGGCACCCGGCUCCACGGCACAGCUCCACACACGGGAUGGAGGCCCCUUUCCCCUGCGCCAAACCUGUGAGAGUUUUCUGCUGUCGCUGCCUCAUCGCGGUCUUAUUUUCCUAUGUAA